UUGUCACCACUACGCCGGCUUCUUCUUGCUGUCUCUUUAAACAAAAAAGAAAGAAUUUCGGUUUUUCUGUGCAAAAACACGAGCGAGUGACGCGUGAAUACCCAGCUACAUAAUAAACUAAUCCAAAAGAAUCCACAGAAUCACAAUGUCUGACGAAUCAUUCUAUGGUGUUACAUUGAGCGGCGAAGGCAGCAAAGUUGAAUGGGAAGUUUUGUCCAACGAUAUAGAUUUCCCCCGCGGCCAAAAAUUAAUUGUCAGACAAAUUCUUUUGGGUGCUGAAGCCAAAGAGGGUGAAUUCAAUGUUGUCGAGGUCCACACCAUUAAAGACAAUUUGAAAAUUCCCAUUGCCGUUUUAAAAGCUGGUGAAACUCGCGCCGUCAAUCCCGAUAUUGAAUUCUAUGAAACAUCUGCCGUCUUCAAACUGAUCAAGGGUAAUGGUCCCGUCUACAUUCAUGGCCAAAACAUCAAAGAUGAAGUCGAAGUUGUAGAUAUGGACGAUGAUGAGUCUGACGAAGAGGAGGAUGGCGAAGAGGAAGAAGAUGAGGCACAACCCCAAAAGAAGAAGCAAAAAGUGGAGAAUAAUGCCGAUGGCAAAAAUGCCAAAAAUAAGAAGAAAUAAAUCACAUUAGAAUACAAAAACUACCUCUCUUCUUUUUAUAAAGCAACAACAACUCAGUUAGUAGGUAACCGAUUUAUAAAAAGAUGAUAAACAACAACAACAACAACACUCCUAACCCGGGGGGUUUGUUAGCAGCGCAGAUGUGAUUGCAAACCUACACCUCCUCCAAACUACAACAAGAACACAUUAAGCUACUCUCUAUUUUUAAGACAAAAGCAAAUUGGGCGGACAUCUCAAUAAUGACCCUUUACUCGUGCAUGUCAUAUCAACACAAAGACAAACUAUAACAAUAACAAUGAAAUUUCCCAAAUUCCCAAACCCGAAUGCAUGGGCGUAAGGGGUGAACAGUUUUUGAUGGUGUCUGCCAGCAGUUCCUUGGUUCCUGUUUUAUUCUUUUAAAUCCUUUCCAAAUUUCUUGAUUAUUUCAAAACAAAACAAUGUUUUUUUAUGUUAGGAAUACUUUUUUUUAAAUUUUACUACAAUAUACAACAAUUGUAAACAAAAUUUUGGACAGAAAACCGCUUUAACGGUUUUGGAAAAUUCCUUUAAAGUUUUCCUUAACAACAAA